AUGUUUUCGGCUCUGGGGCUGUUCAAAGAUGUCCCUUGCCCUCGGGUCAAAGACUGUACCUUCCCCAGUUGCAUUUUUUCUCAUCUUGAGGUCGAAGCAGAAGAUGUCCCAGACGCAACAAAGGAGUAUGAUCCCUUCAGUGCGGGCAGGAUCUCACCUCCACCUGCAAAAAGGAGGAAGAUUGCAUCGCCGCAAGAACAGACUUCGCGAGAUGGUAUUCCAUCUACAGUUCCAAGCGUCAUAUCAACAUCGCGAAAGCUCGGUCAGCAUCAACCAGUGUCUGACGAUGGAUCACUUGGACAACCCAAGAGUGUUUCGAAGCCAUCAACAAAAUUGCUUGCCUCAACGCCUGUAGAACAAACAAAGUUGCCUCCCAGCUCUACAAAGAGAGAGGUAUCUCCGCCUCCACUUAGGAAGAACAAAGCUGCAAUUCCACCCGUCAAGAAAGAGUUCAAAGUGGAGACCCUAACACCUCGCAACGUUUCAAGAGCUCCCGCUGUGCUGAAGACAAGACUUUCAGUCCUUCAGGCUCUUCAUAAACAGGCACAAGAUCAGAACCAGAAAUUGAAAGCCGCGGAUGAAAAAUGGAGGCCUUUUAUUUUGGAUGAGCAGGAAUUGAUUCGUUUUGCUCUCGAUGAGGAGGAAGAGGCAACGAAGCUUGGUGAUGACAUCUACAGAAAUGCAAUGGCUCAGAACGUACUACGCAUCAAGAAGAUGAAAACGGAGGACUGGGUGAAUAAAAUCAAGGUCUGGACCGGACUUGAUACAGGGAUGGCCCAAACCUCGAAGAAUGCGAAGAAUGCUGAUCUGUCCGCCUCAUCUACAAAACAACUCUCGGUGAGCGAGGAGAUUAUACUACUUCAAAGACUCCGGACCAGUCUAGAGGGAUUGGAAAAAUUUGGUUAUGUCACAGCACAACCCACCACUACGGAGAUUGGGGCAGCAAAAGCGGCAAUGUCAUCAGCAGCCGGUUUCGAGAAAUGUGAUCGCUGCGGCACGAGGUUUCAGGUCUUUCCUGGAAGAGACGAAGAAGGCCGACUCACCAGUCACGGAGUGUGCCUGUAUCACUGGGCCAGAAUCAAUCGGGGUGCUAGCGCGAAGACCGAUAGAAUCGUCGGUCGUUCUGAGGCGAGUUUCCCUUGUUGCAAUCAGCUGGAGGGCAGUGAAGGUUGCACUGAAGCAGAGACUCAUGUAUUCAACGUCAAACAUCCACCCAGAUUGGCAAGUAUCCUUCAGUUUGAACACACACCACACUCAAAUAUCUCAUCCUCGGCGAAACCACUCUCAUUCGACUGUGAAAUGGGUUACACAACAUUGGGGAUGGAAGUCAUCCGUCUGACUGCUGUGACUUGGCCUGAGGGUCGAGUAGUUGUCGAUGUUCUUGUGCGACCAUACGGAGAGAUUCUUGACCUCAACACAAGAUUUUCGGGUGUGACCAGGGAAGCUUAUGCAAAUGCCACGGGAUAUGAAUCCGGCACUGAGCUGCAACCAACAGAUCUCCGAAAAGUUGGCUCGCCAGCAAUCGCUCGUCAGUUGUUGUUUGACCACUUGACACCUGACACUCCCCUUCUAGGACAUGCAAUUGACAACGAUUUGAAUGUUUGUCGAAUCAUCCACCCAUUUGUCAUAGACACAGUACUCCUGUAUCCUCACCCUCGAGGACUACCGAUUCGGUUCAGCCUUAAAGUGCUUGCUCAGAAGUAUCUCUCAAGGGGUAUCCAAACAGGGGGAGCUGCAGGACACGAUUCCAGUGAGGAUGCCAUUGCGACAGGAGAUCUCGUGAGGCAUAAAGUUGGCGAGAUAUGGACAACACUACAUCACGAAGGGUGGAAGUUUGUUGGUGGAGUAUUGAAACAGUCACUUGACAGUCAGGGAGAUGCGAAGACAAUAUCCAUGCUGUAG